UAUCAGACGGACGACGGACUGAUGACCGCAUCUUAUCAUACAUAACCUAUUUGUACAAUCUUCCAGUGUUUUUUAUCAGUACGCAAGCUGCAUACGCCGUUCAAUCGGUCAAAACAAAUAGUUUGAAGAACCCUCUUCACGCCAAAGUUUCAAAAUGGUGGUAUCGGAAGAGCCUAACCAAGUGGCGGAGGGAGAUGCGGCCAGCAAGAAGGCGGCGAAGAAGGCCGCUAAGGCUGCCGAGAAACAGCAGAAGAAGGCUGAAUAUAAGGCAGCCUCCGGCCAGCCCCAAGCGGAGUCUCAAGAAGUUGACGUCUCCGAAGGUCGAUAUGGAGUGAUGAAGCUCAUCCAGUCUACAGGGGAACACCGGGACAGGAUCUACACCGAUGUUAAAGAUCUGAAUGAGAAGAUGGACGGCAAAAACGUCUGGGUUAGAGCUCGUCUCCAAACUUCGCGAGCGAAAGGGAAACAAUGCUUCGCUGUACUUCGACAAAACUCCAGCACUGUACAGUUGCUCGUCAGUGUCAAUGAGGAGAAGAAGGUCAGCAAGCAACUAGUCAAGUUCACUGGCAACAUAACGAAAGAGUCAAUCGUGGACGUAUACGCGACAGUAGCGAAGACAGCGGCCCCGGUAGCGGCGUGCAGCGUGCGCGGCGUGGAGCUGGCGGGUGUGCAGGUGUGGACGGUGGCGGCGGCGCGCGCGCAGCUGCCGCUGCAGGUUGAGGACGCGGCGAGGCCGGACACCGACGACCCUGAAGCGCUCAAGAUCCGUGUGAACCAGGACACGAGGUUGGACAACCGUGUGCUUGACCUGCGCACUCCGGCCAACCAGGCCAUCUUCAGGAUCGAGGCUGGAGUGUGUCGGCUGUUCCGCGACAUUCUCACCAGCAAAGGUUUCGUUGAGAUCCACACGCCAAAGAUAAUUUCUGCGGCUUCGGAGGGCGGUGCUAAUGUCUUCACCGUGUCCUACUUCAAGAGCUCAGCAUACCUGGCGCAAAGUCCGCAGCUGUAUAAGCAGAUGGCUAUAGCCGCUGAUUUUGACAAGGUGUUCACAGUAGGCGCAGUCUUUCGCGCUGAGGACUCCAACACCCACCGGCAUUUGACUGAGUUUGUGGGCCUCGACCUCGAGAUGGCCUUUAAGCACCAUUAUCAUGAGGUCCUCGACACCAUCGGGCAGACCUUCACUGACAUCUUCAGAGGUCUACGCGACCAGUACGCAGCUGAGAUCGCGACAGUGGGCCAGCAGUUCAAAGUGGAGCCCUUCAAGUUCUUGGACCCCCCUCUAAGGCUGGAGUUCCCGCAGGCCAUCCAGAUGUUGAAGGAAGCUGGCGUGACAGUAGGCGAGGAAGACGACCUAUCGACCCCGGAUGAGAAGUUGCUGGGGCGGCUAGUGCGCGCCAAGUAUGACACAGACUUCUACAUUUUGGACAAGUACCCGCUCGCGGUGCGCCCGUUCUACACCAUGCCGGACCCCAAUAACCCGAAAUCAUCCAACUCUUACGACAUGUUCAUGCGCGGUGAAGAGAUCCUGAGCGGGGCUCAGAGGAUACACGACGCGGAGUUCCUCACCGAGCGAGCGAAACAUCACGGCAUUGAUAUCAGCAAAAUUGCGGCCUACAUUGAAUCGUUCAGACUGGGUUGCCCUCCUCACGCAGGUGGCGGUAUCGGUAUGGAGCGAGUCGUGAUGCUGUACCUGGGUCUGGACAACAUCCGGAAGACUUCCAUGUUCCCCCGUGACCCGAAACGUGUGACGCCCUAGAGUGUACAUUUGUGAAUUAUAUAAGCUGACAGAUUAUUUAAUAAAACGUUUUAUAUAUUUA